AUGAAAGUCUUGCUCACAGGAGGCAGCGGUUUCCUUGCUGUACAUUGCUUGGAUGAGCUACUCAAGCAUGGGCACGACGUGGUUGUCACUGUACGCUCUGACGAGAAAGGACAGUACCUGCAAGAAUUAUUCAAGGGCCAAACAGUCUCGUAUACAAUCGUCAAAGAUAUCGCGGUAGACGGCGCCUUCGACGAGGCCGUCCAGGCUGAACCACCGUUUGAGGCCGUCGUGCACACUGCCAGCCCUUUCCAUUUCAAAGUGACCGACAACAAAAGGGAUUUGCUUGAUCCUGCCAUCAAUGGGACAACAGGAAUUCUGAAGGCUGUCCACCAAUCAGCAAAGUCUGUUAAGCAUGUGGUGGUCACGUCCUCCUUCGCUGCCCUGUCAAAUUAUCGCAACCCACCCGCGGUAUACAGCGAAGAGAUCUGGAAUGACAUGACCAUGGAGGAAGCUCUGACGGCGCCAAACCCACAAGCGGCAUACAGAGCGAGCAAAAAGUUCGCCGAAAAGGCUGCUUGGGACUUUUUGGAGGCAGAGAAACCAGGUUUUACUCUGACCACCCUUUGUCCACCCAUGAUAUAUGGGCCGGUGCUCCAUCAAGUCAAAUCGUUGGAUGAUUUGAACACUUCCAGCCUGCGGAUAUUGAAUCUCUACCGUGGGACGCCGCGAGCUGGACCAGUCGGUUCCCCGAUCCACGUCGACGUUCGAGACUUGGCUCUGGCUCAUGUGCUCGCAUUGGAAAGACCACAGGCGGCCAACCAGCGGUUCUUUGUCGCUGCUCAAUUGGCCACCGAGACGCAGCUUCGGGAGAUCAUGGAAGAGGCCUUUCCAGAGAUCAGGGGGAAUCUCAAGGACGAGCUGACCAACACCCCGCCACCCUGGGGUAUCGACAACAGCAAAUCCAUCAAUGUCUUGGGGAUCAAAUACCGACCCCUGAAAGAGACGAUCGUCGAUGCGGUCAAUUCCCUGAAGAAGCUUGGGGCAUAG